CUAAUCAUUAUCCUCCCGUGUUGCCGUCGACGGACUACGUGACCGCUAUGGAAGUGGAACAUCACAAUGGAACAGUAUCAUCACUAGAUAAGUCUUUGUCGGGACAACGAGCAGAGCCAUUCACGGACCAGGACUGCAACAACGUGUGUGCGCAGGGAAGAAUGACAGCACAACAUGCGGCUUGCGUUUCCCAGAUAUCUCGAUUGCUAGUGUCCACGCCAUCGUGUGCCACACCACGUCUGCAGCGCGAUGCCUUGCGUAGCGCUCGGUUCUGCACGAGCGGGCCAACGGUGACACCAGCCACACCGCCCACGCCUUCCCAGGCGACACAACAGCAUGGCACAGCGUCCAGCCCAGCUGUAGCGGCAUCUGGUGCUGCUGCUGCUCCGGCAGUUGGUGCUGUUCCUGCAGUUGGCCGUCGUGGUUGGAAACCGAUGUAUCAGCCGAACCUAAAGGAUUUGCCUGAUCUCUACCUCAAACUAUCCAAGUCUCGAUUGACAAGCCUUGUUGUCAUCACAGCAAUGGCCGGUUACGUGGCGGGGCCUGCCUCGUUUCACUGGCUGCCAUUCCUCGCACUGUCGGCUGGCACUGGCCUGUGUUCGGCGGCAGCUAACGCAGUCAAUCAGACCAUGGAGAUACCGUAUGAUGCACAAAUGGCACGGACGAGAAGUAGGGUGCUCGUGCGUGCUCAACUCAGUCCGUUGCACUCGGCUUGCUUUGCCGCCACAUCGGUCACCACUGGCACCGCGCUGCUGACGUUCGGUUGUAAUCCGCUCACCGGCAUGCUCGGCUUUCUCAACUUUAUCCUGUACACGUCGGCCUACACGCCGCUGAAGCGCAUGACCAUCUGGAACACCUGGGUCGGCUCGGUGGUGGGUGCCCUGCCCCCGUUAAUGGGGUGGGCAGCAUGCACGGGCAGUAUCACGCACCCGGCCGCCUGGAUCAUGCCGCUUGUUCUCUACUCCUGGCAGUUUCCUCAUUUCCACGGCUUGUCUUGGGCGCGACGUGAUGACUACUCGCGUGGAGGAUACGUGAUGACGGCUGUGACUGACCCGGCUAUGUGUCGUCGUGUUGCACUGCGACACUGUGCCGCCUUGCUAGGGCUGGGCAUGCUUGUUCCAUUUGCAGGUUUGACCAGCUGGUGGUUUGUGUGCGGUGGUGCGGCGGUCGUCAAUGGUUACUUCACUUACCUCGGUUGGCAGUUCUAUCGCCAGUCCAACGUGCAGUCCGCACGCAAGCUCUUCCAGUUCAGCCUGCUGCAUCUGAUCGUUCUGAUGGGAUUGCUGGUGAUCGGCGCUGUCGCGAAGGACGCCACCUGUGUUGGUCACUCCUGGUCGAGCAAGAACACGGAGUCGGACUCGUCCCCAGCCGAGCAGCAGGAUUCUCCCGCUGAGGCAGCUUGAACAGCACGCGUUGCUCCUCUGCUAGAUUCGAGAUCCGAUUGACGAUGGCAGCGGGAAGAGUGUGUGCUGUUUUACCGAGUUGAGGACGGGAUAGACACUGUUCAUGCUCACGGUGACUUUUUGCGUUUGGCAGAAUGUGAGCCAUGUUGUCCGUCCGUCGAAGUUGGUGCGGAAUGGUGGUCAAAAUGACCCGGGUUCUCUUUCUGCCACACUUGGCUAGUUUGCUGAGUGCUUUGGCUGUUAUAAAGUUAGCUUGGUACAUACCGAACAUGGUAGUAUCUAAAGUCUGGCUGUACCCCUGUGUUGCUCCUGGAGAGUUCAGAGCUACAAGUGGAGUUGUUAUGCAACGACAUAUUUAUUUACUCCCCCCCCCCCCCCCCCUCUCUCCACAGCUUUGCGGAUGGUGUGGUUCGCGCAGUAGACCUCUUAUAUUGCGCGAUUUAUAUUCAAUUUUUAGGACACUGUCUGUGUGCUGUGUGUGUGUGCGUGCGUGCGUACGUGUGUGUGUGUGUGUGUGUGUGUGUAUGUGUGUGUGUGCACAUGUACACGCGUAGGCACAUUGCUACUGCUUGUGGUCGCAGACACGACCAACCCAGUUUGAGGUGUUGGCGUGAGCCUACCGACUGUGCAGCAGUUUCGCUUAGGGAUUACCGAAAAACGUGUCUUCAGUGAUAUUUGAAUUCUAGUACUUCACACGGUCUCGAUUUUUCA